AUGAGCGUCCCAGAACAUAUUUCAGUCAGUGGCGAAGGGAAGUUGGUAAUGCCGGAAGAAAAGCAGUUUUGUCAAUCAACGCUGAAAAUGGAAGUUCCCACUAAAUUGCGAAUUUGCGAUUUGAAGACGGAUUCACAACAAAAAGUCCAAGAAGAAAAAGUUCUUCGAGAUUCACUCUCCUCAAAUAUUGAAAAUCCCUACGAAGAGGCAUUGGUUUUACGCAAACGAGUUGUUGUUCUUGCGGCAAAGAUCAAGCAAAUGGAACAAAAAAUGGUUUACCAGAAACGAAGAGAGCGAUUACUACUAGUCGCGUUGAUCGGAGCAUGUGUGACUAUGGCUUGGAACAUAAUGCGUCGUUGA